UUACCUCUCCGAGUGAUAGUCGAUGCAAAAAGUGUGGUUAAUCAUACGGUGAUUGUUGUUGUUGUUGUUGUUUUUUUUUUUUUUUUUUUAUCAAAGCUUGCAAGUUUGCAACCAUGAGUUCGGUUUGAAAUUGCAUCGUUUGUGCUGUUUCCUCUAACUUGUUGCAAAGGAAAAAGGAAAAAAAUACUUUUGUUCAGCCGUUUCGUUUGACGUUUCUUUGCGUUGGUGAAGAAAAUGAGAGCAGUCAACGUUUCCAGCUACCGGGAGUCACAGCGCCGAGGCUGCACGACUAAAUGCGCGCGAGGAACAACGCCAGCUGCACCGAAGAAUCGCGCCCGAUUGCACACGAGCUCGUAGUGUAUCUACAGAAUUAAGACGAGCCGAAGAACACACACACACACAUACGCAUACGUGGAGGAGCAAAGAGGGAUCAGCUUCUCUCUCUCUUUUUCUCUCGUUAGUACAGCUGUCGAUCCGAGGCGGACGUCGUGUCCGGCAGGAACGCGCGCCACUAGACACACACGGGGUAGCAUGAAUUGGCCGUGGCUGCUGGUGCUGGCGGCCGCGCUGGCUGCGGCGACACCCAACGCCGAGGAGCUCCAGCGCCUCACCGAGGAGGAGCGCUACAAGCCUGUGCCCCGAUUGUACGGCGACAGGAUCCCGAGGCGGGUGCUCGACCCGAGCGACAAAAAGGUGCAGAGAAAAAUCGUCCUCUAUCACAACUUCUUCCGGAGCCGCGUCGAGCCCCCGGCCGCCAACAUGCUCGUCAUGAAGUGGCACUCGGGGGCGGCCAAGGCCGCGCAAAAGUGGGCCGAGGCAUGCUACGCGCUGACGCACGACAACGCGACGGGCCUGCACAUCGACGCCUUCGGCAGCUGCGGCCAAAACAUCUUCAUCUCGACGGCGCAGGUGCCAUGGUUCUUCGCGAUAAAGACGUGGUUCUCGGAGGAGGAGCUGUUCGAGUAUGGAGCCCCGGAGCACAACGAGCUCAACAAGAUCGGCCACUACACGCAGAUGGUCUGGGCGACGAGUCACCACGUGGGCUGCGGUUGGGCCCAAUGUGACGGGAAACGCGGACCCCGCGGAGUUCCCUACUUCAGCUACGUCUGCAACUACUGUCCCGCCGGUAACCGGGUCGACCAGGUGUCGGAGCCGUAUCUCGUCGGGGAGAGUUGCUCGGGCUGCAGGGAGCACUGCCGGUUGGGCAAGCUGUGCAAGAACUCCUGCCAGUGGGCCGACCUCUGGGCCAACUGCCAACAGCUGAGGGCCACCCUGCCUGGCUGGCUGUGCGACAGCGACACCGAGCAGGGCAGGGAGCGCAGGAAGUUCUGUCGGGCCACCUGCUCCUGCGACGGGAAGAUCAUCUGAAUGGCUCACACGUGAGCCAUAUAGUGCUUGCGUGCGUCUGUGCUCACUGGGAUGCUGAUGAUCAAAGGACGGUGUUGGCUGUCGCGUCUACCGCCAGAAGAGAUGAGAAAUCCAUAUCGUUUUAGAUGUACAUAAUUAUAUCGUUAUGCCCAAGUACCUACUUACACGUAUAUCGUUACACUGUCGUGCAUCGAGUGCCGAAGGUGGAGCUGUUUGUUCGUCUCUACUCCAUACGAAUAGAAGAUACAUGUAUAGGUUUACCUGUUUGCAAGUGUGUGCGUGUGUGUGUGCGUGUGCACGAACGGACGAUGUUAUAGUUUUGUUUUUUGUCCUUUUUUUCUUUUUCUCCCUGAUUUUGGAGUUGUGCGGGAAAAAUCAAGGUGCGAACUUUCGACUAAAUUAACAAAACAAAAGGGAGACCCUAUAACUCGCCAUCGAAUCGUUGUUGGUUCAUUUACAUAUCCAUCCGUUGUUUGUAUGAUGACAUUAAUUAAUUAACAUGUAACUGCAUGGAGAUGAUAUUAUAAUAACGCCAUGAAAUGUAAUGUAAUACCCUUCCCCUGUCCCACCAGUACAAUGUAAAAACACAAUGACAAUGUAUCGACGUUGUAUAAUUAUAUCAUGGAAAAAAAAA